AUGUCUGGAGAACCGCUGAAGGUUGGUUUCAUCGGCCUGGGGACCAUGGGUUUUGCGAUGGCAGAAAACCUUGUGAACAAGCUUCCCGGAGGUUCAAAGCUCUUCGUAUAUGAUAUCUCAACAGAUGCGGUGAACAAAUUUGUGGCUCAGCACCCGGACUCGGCUGUGGCUGCAGGGUCUGCUAAGGAGGUGACCCAGAAGUCCACAACAGUCUUCACUAUGGUACCAGAAGGCUCUCAUGUCAGGUCUGCAUUUCUCGAUGAGUCGACUGGAAUACUCGCAGCAGACGCGGCCCCGAGGACUCUGAUGGACUGUUCUACCAUUGACCGCGAAACAACUCUAGCUGUGUUGGAAGAAGUAAAGAAGCGGCAUCCGCAAGCGACUUUCUUCGAUGCUCCGGUAUCAGGUGGGCAAAUCGGCGCAGAGAGGGCAACCCUGACUUUCAUGGUGGGCUGUGCUGAAGAUGACCCGAAAUGGUCAUUCGUGGAAGGCAUACUGAGCCACAUGGGCACGAACAUCAUCGCCUGCGGGGCACCGUCACUCGGAGUCACCGCAAAGCUGACCAACAAUUACUGCUCCGCCCUUAUCUCACUCGCCACGGCGGAGGCCAUGAACAUGGGGAUGCGAGCCGGUAUGGACCCACGCCUGAUACAGAAGAUCUUCUCCAAGAGCACCGCCCAGAGCACCAUGUGCGACCGAUUCAACCCUGUCCCGGGAGUCUGCCCUGAUGCACCCUCGAGCCACGGGUACGAGGGGGGCUUCAAGAUCCAGUUGAUGAGGAAAGAUUUUGGUCUGGCAUGUCAGGUUGCGGAGAAUGUGGGCGCGAAGCUGUUGUUGGCUGAGGCAGGGCUGAAAGCAUACACCGAGGCAAGUGCGGACCCGCGCUGCCGAGACUUGGAUUCGAGGGUAGUGUAUAGAUUUCUGGGCGGCAACGAAGAGUGGGAGAAGAAAGAGAACUAG